UAUAUUCUAUAUAUACCGGGGUGGAUAUUUUAUCCGUACAUUGUUAAAAUCAAGUCAUAGUCUAAGGUACAUCAUGAACGGUUCGGUAAUUACAUUUUUCACUAUAUUAGCAGUAGCCUCUACUUCUCCUAGUGGAUUGGGUCUAGGACUCGGCUGGGGUGUUGUAGCCCCACGAGCCGUUGUAGUUCCUCCAAGCUCAGCUACAGUAAUUUCAAAACCAAUAGAACUACCUCAUGCUUAUAAUGUAGUCUCUGGGCCAAUAAUUGCUUCUGCACCAGCUAUUGCACCAGUUGCUCCUUGGGCUAUUGCUCCAGUUGCUCCAUGGGGUAUAGCUCCUGCUGUGAUUCCUGCACCAAUUGCUGCUCCUGUGGCUCCUGCAGGUGCUGUAGCUGUUACCAAUGGUGGAGGUGUUGUCGAAGUAAGUGGACACGGUGCAGUUGUAUCCGGACCUAAAACGGCCCCUGUAGUUAUCGAAGGCCCCUCCGGUACCGUUAAGGCUAAAGGACUCUGGGGCCCAACUUUGGCUGGAGUUCUCCAUUGAAUUAAAUCUCAUGCACGUGAUAACUUUUACUGAACCUAACGUUGGAUGCCUCAAUACCUGAUUCUUGAUUUGUAUAGAUUUAUUUUAAUUUAUAAUAAAAGCUUGAAUAUAUCAUAAAAACGGA